GCUUGUACGCCUGUCACCUUAAUCCAUAUAAAAUUUCCAUUCAUUGUUUUCAGCGUCGCUGAAGCUUGGCCGUGUAUGUGAUGGUUUUCUCUUGUUGUUACUUUAUCUGAAACGUGCGAAAAUCGGUCGCCGUCGUGUGUAAGUUACACUGGCAGUUUAGAAAGACAAUUUCAACUUAAACAUACUCUUGUGUAACCCUGAAAAACACACGACGGUGGUCCUCGCGCAUCUAUUGGUCGAUAAAGCAGCCAGUGCACGUGAUGCUCUUCCCGUAGAAACUAGAAAGUUUUAAGAGAGGACACGACACACUUUAAUUACGAGGAAACGGUGGUUUUCGUACGGGUUUUCUGGCGCCUCUCUUCCACUUCUUCCCCGAAAUCGUUUAAAAAAAUAUAAAUAAACAAGUGAAUUGUGACAAUCCCAAGAUUACUUUCUAUAAAGAAACUUUUUCCAAGUUGCUAGAUUCGGCUUAGGCAGACUCCCAGCACAAUCCAGCAAGACCUAUCAUGAGUUUGAGUACACUCUUAGAAGCCGCAAGAUUUUUGGAAAUGCAAGAGCAACAACACAAUCGAACGACGGUCGCAGCUGAGACAUUGGCCACCAUGCAACCAGUGGCGCCGAUCAUUGCCAAACCGAACAUGAAUCAAAACGGUUUGUCGACCAUUUCGCUCACGCAGAGCACUUUCAAGACCGUCACCGCUAAUUCCUCGCCACAGACCGUCGUCAUUUCCUCGAGCAGUAUUUCUCCUGGGAUUUUGCAGGGACCUAUUGCUAUAUCGACUUCUCCGCCACAGACGGAACAAUUCUAUUUUCAGUUGCAAAUGAAGAAAGAACAAGACGAGCACGUUUCAAGUACGACAGUGGCCCAAAUUUCGCGUCAAAGAGUACUACACAACAGCUUCGACAUAAGAAAUUCCAUAGGCAGUAUCGAUGGUAAUUCGGAUGGCAAAAGAAAGCAACCUCCUCUGGUGUUUAGAGCUGGUACUCGGGAGGUUCAUAAUAAACUCGAAAAGCACCGUCGCGCGCAUUUAAAAGAAUGUUUCGAUAUUUUAAAGAAACAAUUGCCUACGACGCAAGACGAGAAGAAACCGUCAAAUCUUAGCAUACUUCAUUCGGCUUUGAGGUAUAUCCAGACUCUAAAGAGGAAAGAACGCGAGCUGGAACAUGAAAUGGAAAGGCUGGCAAGAGAAAAAAUCGGUGCUCAACAAAGGUUAGCCGUUUUGAAAAAGGACAUUAUGUCCCAUUACGACAACAUCGACUUCUCUAAACUUCUUCCCGAGGGUAACGUGAGCCCUGGAAUUAAUAUAUCCAUUAGAGACGAAAUAUCAUUCAAAGAUGACUUUCACGAAGAACUGUCCACAAACGGGAAUUGCAUACAAAACGGGGAGAGUCCCGAGCUGACGGCAAUACCGAUUUUGACUAAAGCAAACAUUCCUGUAGUCACUCAGAAUUUGACGACACUCAAAGCAGAGGUACCACAACCAGUCCAAACCACAGCCCUUUCGAUGCUUCCCAUGUCUUACCCGGUGAACCAGCUAAACCAAGGUCUGGUACUGCAAAAGGUAGCGCUCGUUCCAAAGGGUCUGGACCACCACCUUACGCCUUUGGUAUCCACUCAUUUCAUUACAACGCCGCAACAAAUCAACGGCAAAGUGGUACCGCUCACGCAGUACCUAGUGAAGCCCGUCGUCGUCGUAAGUACCGCUUCUCCGCGUCCGAGCUAGUGGGGUUGAUGGUAAGAUAACAAAAAAAAAAUGUAACGAAACAUGUCGUUAAAGGAGGGAAAUUAAAUUCUGAGGAAUGACUGAUGAGCUGCUGUUGAUUUUCUAUUUAUAUUGUUAAUUCAGAUCUGUAGUAUUUUUUAUAUUGUCUAAAUUUUAUUUAAUCUGAUUGUACGGUGUACUGGGGGUUCGUUUUAAAGUAACAUUUGAAUUAUGUUUAUGUAUGUAUUAGCCCAAAAUGUAAGUUUGGUAUAUAUGUGAUAAUUGUCUAUAAAACAUGCAGGUAUGGUUUUGUUCAAAGAUAUUUUUUUGCUUUUUUUGAAACUGGCAGUACAAAUGAUCCAGUCGUAUGGCACCCUGCAGGCAGGUCCAGGAUCUGACUUUAAUGUUACGAUUUAGUUUAUAAUUAGGUUUGAAAAUAUCUCGAGAGGAACGAAAAACAUAAGUACCUACAUAUUGCAUUGCAAAAGACAAAGGUUUUAUAAAAUAUAGCUAUUACUUUUGAUAAAAUAUACAACCAAAAUAUUAUACAAGGCGUUCAUAUUUUUCAUAUUUGAAAAUUUCAAGUUGAUAUCAUUUUUCGUUUUUAUGAUUUUUUUUAUAUACAAGUCCUUACCCGGAUUUAGAUUUUUAUUUCUGGAUCUUUCUUAUUUUUGAGCUUUUUGAAAAAUAUGUAUGUUCUAUAACCACAGCUAUAACUUCUAAACACAUUUAAAAAAUAUAUCAACUCAGGAUUUACCAUGUAUACAGGGUGGACCACCAGAAACUCGAUGUAGGAAAAAUUUGAAAAUUAGGGAACUUGCUUAUUUUAAAUGAGACACGCUAUAUAUUAUUAUAUUUGUUGAUUUUACUGAAGAUUCUAGGCAGAUUUUAUGUCCCAUAGCUAUAUGAAAAAAUGUAUUUUUGACAGUUUUUCAAUAUCAUUUUAAACUUUAUUUUUGUUCUCCCUGUAUGAUAGGUUAUCCAAAAUAUGCCCGGUGGUCCACCCUGUAUACAGGGUGAAUAUUAAGUUGAUACUUUUUAAUUCAUACAAUUUUUCGUACACAAGUUCAGGUCCGGUUUCAGAUUUAAUAAUUCUUUAUCCAUGUUAUUUUUGAGUUUUUUCAAAACAGUCUUUACACCGUUAAAACGUAUCAACUUAGGAUUAUCCCUGUAUAGAUAUAUUAAUAUUACUGAUAUUUAAUUGUGAAUGACGAAACAUUUUUUUCUGAACAAAACUGUAUCCAGUUUAAAGUAAAUCCAUUCUACACUUCACACUUUCUGAUUAAAAAUGCUCAUCUGGGGCCCUAUUCUCGAAUGUCUAUUUUUAAAUGUCACACGCGACAUUGAUGAAAUGUCAAAUAAGAACGCAAAAACGUAUUCUGGAAUGGCGAAUUCGACAUUUGUUGUUAGACAUAAAGUCGAGUGGUAUUCAACCAGUCGACAUUGUAAUGUCGCAUGCCUUUUUAAAUAUAAUGUUAUGAGUGUCGUGACAGUGACAGUUUAUAUUUAUUUUUAAGAGAAAUGAAAAUAAGUAAUGUACAAAUUGUUUUUGAAAAUAUAUGAAAUGAUUAUUUACAAUUUCUCCUAAUUUAUCCAUUAUUAGUCCUGUCCAGUAUCGGAUUGGGCCGUCGGUCUACCGGCAAAAGACCGGUAGGCCUUCGUUUAAGCUGUGGGCCCUCGUUCGGGCAGUGGGUCCUCGUUUGGUUGGGUCCUCGUUCAGGCACUGAGCCUCAAUCAGUGGACCUAAUUCAGUGAGCCUAAGUCAGUGGGACCUCAGUCUGUGGACCCUUGACAAUAAGAAAUGCGAAAUAAACCUUGGAAAAAAUGAGGAUGGACACAGUAGUUCACCUCCAACUAACAGGCCCCGGAGAGGCAAAAUAAUCUGAAGUCUGAAGCAAACAGGAGAGGGAUAAGCUGCAGGCAGUGCUACGGCAAACGCUACCCUCAGCAAACCCCCUCACUCCAAACAAAACAAAAAAGGCCUAAUCAAGUCCCUAGACAGCGACGCUAGUUCAGCCCCCACAAGAAGCUGGAACACGACGCAACUAGGGACAAGAAAAGAGGUAACGCCCUGGAAGGUGAAAAACCCAGACAGGACCACAAAGUUCUGUCUGGGAUAAGCUACAAGGAUGCAGCUACGAGCCACCUGAAAGUAGCUAUAAUAGACAAGGAUAACCCUUAUGGUAAGAUAACUACCGAAAGAGAAAUCCUUGUCAAAAAGACACUGAUGAGAGAGCUGGACAAACCAAUCUUGUCCGCCUCCUGCAUCAAAACCAAGCCAUCCACAUUCAGGUCUUGGUCGCACUCUGGUGAAAUUAUUAGAGUAACCUGCAACGAUGACCUGACGUUGGAAUGACUAAAAACCAAGGUACUAACCUUAAAAACAUGGGAAGGAGCAACACUCGCAGUUGUAAGGAUGGACGAGCUCCCCAAGCUCACCAAAGCCUCUCUCUGGAUCCUAGGGGAAGCGCAAGCUGACUUUGACGAAAAAGAGGUUGUGCUUAGGCGAGUUGAAGGGCAAAACCCAAACUUGCAUGUGGCGAAAUGGUGCACCUUCCACCAUGAAAUCAGAAAAGACCCUAAGGGCCAUCUUUUCUUCUUCGGCAUCGGAGACGAAGACAUGGGAACUCUAAAGGCCAAAUCAAUGAAGAUGAGCUAUGCGUUCACCUCAUUGACUAUAAGGCCAAAGGUCGAAAAAGAGGCUGAAGCGGGGCCCAGUAAGUAAUUGUCUACUGUAAUAUACUCGUAUUGUAUAUUUCUAUCCAAUGUUGUCAGAUGUUAUCAUUCGCCAAAUAUAUCACCGAUUUUAAAAUCUCUAUUUGUCUUUGAGAAUACGGAUAGUGUCAGUCGAUCGACAUUUUAAUAGACAUUAGCAGUAGACAUUAUGACUAAUGCGACAUUUUUAAUAGACAUUCGAGAAUAGGGCCCCUGAAGUCGAAUCAGGCUUGCUCAAUGUGAAGUAUGUAAAGUUGUUUUCAUCUUUUUGUUUUACUAUUACGUCACCCUCUUUGUGUCCUCUAGUAAUUUCUAACAAGUAGAUUUAAAAACAGUACAGGUUUAUAAUUUGAGUCAAAGACUAACUAUAAGGUACUCCAACUAUCAAAUGGUUACUAUUGAACUAGUAUAUUGACGGCAAAAAAUUGAGGUUCAGUUUUAACCUAUCAAUCACUUUUGACAAGUUAAAAAUACAACUUGAGUCUAAUUUUCAAUAUAUAUUUAUUAUUAUCAUUUCCCACUUGACGUUAAUUUACUGAGAGAUAAAAAAACGGCCGCAUUCAGCAGAAGCAAUCGAUUUAUGAUUUUCUGCUGAAUGAUAUAUAAAAGAGCGAUUAGUAAUCAAAUGAUGAGUUAUCGGCCGCCAUUUAAAACAUCGAAUUUGAAAUUCGAUUAGUUAUCACAUCGUGAUUAGAUUUAGAACUCAUACCAACUGAAGUGAAUGUUUUGUGAUGGUGCCACUGAUCUGUAUUAUUUUACUGGAUAAGAUAUAGCCCCCUAAAAAACGUUCCGAAAAAUUGGCCGAUUUGGGCAAAAAAUAGGGCGGACCGGAUGUUAUUUAACCUAACCUCUAUUUCCAUUUGUCAUUUAAUUGUGUCAACAAGCUACGAUGAGAUGUUUUUAUUGUGGAAAACAAAGUAAAAAGAGUAUGAAAUAAACAAUAAACGUUCAUUCCUGAAGACAUAAUAUGCUUCACGUUUCCAUUUUUAUAUUUUCUUUCAUAAAAAAUCAAAUCAUGGGUGAAAUUUCCCGAAGGACAUCGCCCGCAAAAGGAAUAGAAGAAGAAUAAGAAGGAAAACUAAUCAAAUUAUAGGUUAGGUAUGUCAAAUUAUCCCAAAUUUCAGUUCUGUGAACCCACCAUAAUUUGCCCAAAUCGGCCAGCAUUGUUGCACUUCCGGUCUCCUUGGUGGAACAAUUUUUUAGUAUGUUAAAUAUAGCCUAUAUCCUAUCAAGUAAAAUAAUACAGAUCAGUGGGUGGUGCUCAUAACUCAUAACCUUAUUUUAUGUUUAUUUUAAAUUCAUUUUGAAGUGAUAUAUUUUUAUAACAAUAUGAAAUAUAUUGUAGUUGGUAAUGAAGUGUUGCACAAUGCAUUAAAAUCAGGCAAAUACAUUAAUUUAUAAUUAUGUAGUUGAGUAAUUUAUUUGGUGUUUUAUUUUAAAUUUUGUACCUAUGUUUUAGAUGAUGACUUUUUGCUGAAGUACAUGUCACUUUUAUGUCGCCUUUCGAAGUGCCUAAAAAGUUCAUUCAGCAGAUUCACUAAUCGCUAAGUUAUCGUUUGAUAAUCGGUUGCUUCUGCUGAAUGCGGCCAAUGAACCGCCAUUUUUUGCCGUACAGUGUUGUCAGAGUUGAAACAUAACCAUCCUCAUUAAUAAACUAUAAACGUCAAUUUAUGACAGUUCAUAAGUUCGGUAUGAAUACCAAACAUUGUUUCUGUCAAUUUAUGCGAACCUAACGUUAUGCAAUUGUCAAUUUUAGCCUCAUUUUCUUUUGUUUUUAAAUAAGAGUUGAUUUACCUUAAAUAUUUGGUUUUUUUAAUUUGAAUUCUAAAAAUUUGACACAUUUCACUCUAUAAUAUUAAUUAGUAUUUUUAGAGGUUACUGCGAAAGUUAUUUUUUUAUGAUUUUAUGCUGUGUUGUUAAAUAAUCUCUUGUGAAUAAAUCUCGGAACUAAAAUGUCAUUAGGGCAUAAAAUUGACGACAAAAUGCAGUGACUAUCCCUUUUAAAUUCUUAAUGUUCCUUGGUGAAAGUCAUUAUAUUGUUAUAAUGGAAAUGCCAGAUAUGUCGUUAAAUGUUUUUUUUUUUUUUUUUUUUUCAAAAUAUAGUCUUUCUUCUUUUUAGCUG